AUGGGGCGUUUCAAUCAAUUAUCGGUUCAUUUGGAGGAUAAGAUGCCAGAAAUUUGCAUAGCAUCUUUUGAACUGGGACUUCAAUCAGGAAGCUUGAACAGCAGUUUAAGUCGUAAGCCCGUGGAAAUGAUGGCGGAACUGCGAAGUCGAGUACAAGGUUUCAUUCGGGAGGAGCAAAGUGAUCGCAUCAAGAAAAACCGCAAGAAUGCAGCGGUUACCGGCCAACAGCAGCAAUCAGAUUCAAAGAAGGCGACGGUUAAUGAUCAGCGUUCGGGCGGAGCAGUUACUAAAGGAGAGAGAAAUUAUAAUAGUUCAAAUCGUUUUGAUAACCGCUCCAACUUUCGAAAUCGUGUUCAGCCUUAUGGAAAUCGUGGUUAUGGGCAAUCGAUGACGUGGAAUAGAAACCAACAAGACAGGCCGACCCCACUUGCAGUUAAUUUAACUGAAGCAUUGCACAUGUGCUUAGAGGCUAACACGAUUCGUUUCCCAAAACAACCGAAACGCCCACUAGGCAACGUCGACAGAAAUAAAUGGUGCGAAUAUCAUCGAAUUGCAGGACAUAAUACUGAUGACUAUUUUACUUUAAAGAAGGAGAUCGAGGCUUUGAUAAAGGCAGGCUAUAUGCGUCAACUGGAAGGGCGAAAGGAAUCAGAUGGAGCUGGAACUUCAACGAAGCGUGAUGAGACAGGAAAGGAAAUUGAAGAGGCAGAGCCAAAGAAGCAAGCUGGAGGUGAAACUAAAGGGCGUAUCCAUUCUAUAUUUGGAGGAUUUCGGGGAGGAGGCAUGACCAACUCUUCCAGAAAGAGGUAUGUUCACUCUAUAAAUGCUGUGUAUGCUAAUGAUUGGGGGAGUUGGGGAAUCAACCAGCCCGAUAUUAUAUUUACCGUCAAAGAUUUUGAGGGAGUUCAGCCUCAUGAAGAUGAUCCCAUUGUGGUGAUGCUAAAAAUUGCUGAUUAUGAAAUUGAGAGGGUACUGUUGGAUCAAGGAAGUUUUGCAGAUUUGAUAUAUGGCGAUGCAUUUGAGUACAGAAGCUGA